AUGUCUAUGUCCAUGAUAUUGAGCACGGCGCGUGUAGGGGCUGUGGGUUUGGUGCGGAUGAGUAGGGGGAUUGGUGGAAUGAGGUAUUUUGCUUCGUUGCAGAUGCAGAUGCAGAAGAGACCGGGUGUGGGAAAUGGAUUGGGAAUGGGGAUGGGAAUGGUGGAGAGGGGAAAUGGAAUGGGAUUGGUGGAGAGGAUGGGUGCAGAACAGGUUAGGGGCAUGAAGGUUAGGAGUUCGGUGAAGAAAUUGUGUGAGGGGUGUAAGAGCGUCAAAAGAAAGGGUGGAAAAACCGGAAAGGGACAUGUCUACAUCAUCUGUUCAUUGAACCCCAAACACAAGCAGAGACAAGGAAAAUAG